AUGCUUCAUUCCGGGGCUUUCUUUCUCUUCUGGCUUGUCGGCUUCACCGCGGCCAAAGAUGUUCACCUCGAUUGGAACAUCACCUGGGUCUGGGCAGCGCCCGACGGCUUUGGCCGCCCAAUGAUCGGGAUCAACGACGAGUGGCCAUGUCCGCUGGUCAACGCCGAUCUGGGCGACCGACUCAUUGUCGAUGUGUACAAUGGUCUGGGGAAUCAGUCGACGGGAAUUCAUUGGCAUGGCUUCCAUCAAUACAUGACAGGAACCAUGGAUGGUUCGAACCAGGUGACGCAGUGUGCGUUGCCUCCAGGGAGUAGCAUGCGCUAUGAAUUCGAUGUAAGUUUCUCACUCGCCAUAUGGUUGAUCCUGUUAUACUCACGGGGACAGGUCAACCAAACCGGCACUUAUUGGUAUCACUCGCACGAAAUGGGCCAGUAUCCCGACGGGCUCCGGGGCCCGUUGAUCGUCCGGGAUCCCUCGCCCCCAUUUGAGUACGACGACGAGUUUACUCUGACUCUGACCGACCAUUACCACGAGCAAAUGCCUUUUCUCCUGCAGCAGUACGAGGCCGACAGCGUGGGUGCCCAUGCCGGGGUCAAUGAACCUUUGCCGGCGGCAGCCUUGAUCAACGACGCGGUCAACGCCACCACUAUCCGCGUGGAGCCCAAUAAGACGUACCUGGUGCAUUUGAUUUGCGUGGGCAACUGGCCCGGCCACGUUAUUGUCUUUGAUGACCACGAGAUCAGCGUGGUUGAGGUGGACGGCAUCUGGGUAGACACUUAUCCAACGGGAGGCAAGAAGAUCAGGCUUGCCACAGGUCAGCGCAUAAGCAUCCUCCUCAGGACCAAGGACAACGCCGACGCCAACUAUGCCAUCUGGGACUCGAUGGACGUCAACAUGAUGUUCUUCUACGAGAAUAGAACCAUCCCCCAGACUUUCAACCCCAACGCGACGGCAUGGCUAGUCUACGACGAAGAAAAGGAGCUUCCUCCCCCACCCGACAUCCACGAACUCGACCCGAACAACGACUUCGUGGACGAUCUCGUCUACGUGCCAGCGGACCACGAGCCCGUCCUCGAGCCGGUCGACCACCAGAUCAUCCUGAGCACCGGCGUGACCCAACGCGACGGGCGCAGCGUGUAUACCGUCAAUGGCAAGACAUACGUGGAUCAGGAGGAACCGACAAUGUACACGGCGCUGGCGGCCGGGCCAGACAAUUCUUCCGACCCCUCGAUAUACGGACAGGUGAACCCCUUCGUCCUCGCGUACGGCGAGGUCGUCGAGAUCGUCAUCAACAACCACCAUGGCAACCUGCAUCCCUGGCACUUGCACGGCCAUCAGUUCCAGGUUCUGCAGCGCACGAUCCCCGAGGGCGGGUACUUUAACGGCUACUUUGCCAAUAUCUCCUCCACCCCCGUGAGACGGGAUACCAUCAUGGUGCAGAACCAUGGACACGCGGUCCUGCGAUUCCGCGCGGACAACCCAGAUAAGUUUGGCCCGUCCACUCCAGUGAAGAUGCGUACUGACCUGUACCACGAGUGUGGCUCCUCCACUGCCAUGUCGAAUGGCAUGUCACCAAGGGGUUGA